AAUCCCUUGCGGCAGCAGGCUUCUGCCAGUCAGUUGUUUCAGAAGUAACGUUGGGUCCGCUCGAUCUGCAGGAUUUCCCCUCAAAAAAUAUUAUACAGCGAAUUUGUCAACAUGAUGUGCGACACCACUAACAGAAGUUUCAGAACUAAUCUGGCCACUAUUUUGGAACAACUGACCAACGCAGCCUUAGUUGAAAUAAGCAAGCUUGCCGAUGACUGCUCCGCCGUCCUCCACACAGAGAUAUCGCAACAGAAGAGUGAAAACGAUGCAUUAAAAAAGAAAUGCUAUUCACUUGAGAUUCAACUGAGGGCAGCCAGAGAAACACAGCACUAUCCAAACGACACUCUUGACCAUCGACCGAGUGGGACUCAUGGCCUGGAAAAACGUGUACAAGAGCAGCAACAGCAUCCCCCAACGAUUGAAGGCAUUUUUGGAAAGGACUGGUGCAGUGACCUAUGGAGAGAAGAAAGAGUUGCCACGGAAAGGAAAGAGAGAAUGGAAGCUUCUGCCACCAGAGAAGUGUUACCACAGGCAAUAAACCUGAUAGACAGUGAUCCCGACCUAAUAUUUGUGAAAGAGGAGGCAUACGAUGACCAGCCAAUCGGUCAACAGAUGAGAACCAGGGAUCACAGAAAAAGCGGGCCUACGUUCGAGGAGAGCUCCCUUCACAGAACCGUCCCCAACGAGCUUCGCCUUCACGCGAGAGACUUACACAACUUCACCAUGAACGCCAACAGCCAGACGCAGCAGCAACCAGGCACACAGCCCUCCGUGCCGCUCAUAGAGCAUCUGAUUGCAGACUCGGGGCUGAGCACCUUUGUCGACAACACAAACCCUUCCCAAUCCACCGGGGAAUACUCAGACUGUAUGAACAAUGCCCACAGCAACGGCAACAACAACGCCAACGCGGGUAAACAAUUGGCUGUGGACCAGCGGGUUAGGAAGCCACUGAAAACCUUUGAGUGCCUGUUCUGCGGGAAGAUAUUCAACUAUCUCAGCAGUUUGAAAGUACACAUCCGGAGACACUCUGGCGAGAAGCCCUUCAGUUGCCCCGUUUGUGGGAAGCGGUUCGCUCAAAAAACGUAUCUGAAACUACACCAACGAGUGCAUUCCGGGGAAAAGCCUUACAGUUGCCAGCAAUGUGGCAAAAGCUUUUCCCAGAAGAGCUCCUUGAACAUCCACUUACGGACACAUACGGGAGAAAAGCCCUAUAGCUGUGUUGAUUGUGGGAAGAGUUAUGCGUACAAGUACGGUUUUAAUCAUCACCAGUGUUUUAAUUGAUCUAAUUAAAAGCUGCCGUUUGUAAGACAUGAGCUGUAAGGGGGAUCAGAAAAGAGCAUCAUAAACGCGCCUCUCUCCCCCCCCCCCCCUACCUCCUCUGUAGCUUUACCAUCUGGGAGAAAUCCCCUGAUCAUUCAGAAAUAUAAAUAUUUGAACUGACCCAAAACAGAAUUUCUGAGAAGUGUGCCCACACGUCACUAAAAGUUUUGCAACUAUAUAGUAUUGAACUAUUGAGCUAACUAUAUAGUAGUAUAGCAUGUGUUAUUGAAGUGUAUGUAUCUUAAUAUAUGAGAGUAAUGAGUGUUCUAUGAUUGAUAUUGUAUUGAUGCACCCAGAAGAAGGCAUUAUAUCACGUUUACACUGCCAAUUCCUAUUCAGAGUCCUCAAACCGAAACACAAUAAAAUGUGUUACACUUGUGAUGUUAGAUUAGUUAUAUGUCUACAUUUAAAUAAUAAAACCUUUUUUGUUUUGACACC